AUGGGGAGUUUGGGGACGCUGGUGAAACACCCACAUGAUCUUUAUCCAUUAUUGAAACUGAAAAUGGCAGUAAGGCAUGCUGGGAAGCAGAUUCCAUCAGAGCCUCACUGGGCUUUCUGUUUCUCCAUGCUUCACAAAGUGUCUCGUAGUUUCGCACUCGUUAUUCAACAGCUUCAUCCCAAGCUUAGAAAUGCUGGAAGUUUGGGGGCAGUUCUGAAACUCCCCAAAGAUUUAUAUCCAUCGUUGAAGCUCAAGAAUACGGCUGCAAGGAAUGCAGAGAAGCAUAUCCUAAUAUUAGAGCCUCGGCGGGGUUUCUGCUUCAGCUCCUCCAUGAUUCACAAGUUUUCUCUUUGUGCUAUCCUUGCUUCAGAGCUCGUGGAACACCCAAAUGAGGUUUAUCCAUUGUUGAAGCUCAAAAUGGCUGCGAGGCAUGCAGGAAAGUAUGUCCAAUCAGCUGAGCAUAACUGGGUUUUCUGCUUCUCCAUUCUUUUCAACAUCUCUAGUUUUGCUACCCCUUACUCCACUGCUUGA